AUGGGACAGGACACCCCCAAAACCGGCCCCCGCCGUGUCUGGUCUGGGCCUGUUCGCCGGCUCCUGACCAUCGCCUUUGCCCUGCUGAUCCUGGGAGGCAUGACUUGGGCCAAUGCUGUGGGGGUCCCCUAGGCCACUCACCGUUAUGGCCUCUAAGCCUUUGGCCUCUAUGGAGCCUUUCUCUACAGCAACCUGGUGGCGCAGAGCCUCUUUGCCUACCUGGAGCACCGGCGAGUUGCUGCCCGAGCAGCAGGGAAGCCAAAAUGUUCCCGGAGGGUGGCAUUGACCAUCUCUGCCUACCAAGAGGAUGCUGACUACCUGCGACAGUGCCUGCUGUCGGCCCGGGCCCUGCAGUACCCGAGGGAGCGCCUUAGAGUGUUGCUGGUCGUCGAUGGCAACCGAGAGGAGGACAUGUACAUGGUAGAGAUGUUCCGGAAGUGUAUCGAGGCCGACAAUCCUGCCACCUAUGUGUAUGGAAAUUAUCACCAGCCAUGGGCCCCCCAAGUGUCGGGGGGCAGCGGCAAAGCUGGGGAGGUGGAAGCCGGUGGCUAUGUCGAGGUAGAGGCUGAGGACCCAGGCCGGCUGACGGUGGAGGCCCUGGUGAGGAGCCACCGAUGUGUGUGCGUGGCUCAACGCUGGGGGGGCAAGCGAGAGGUCAUGUACACAGCCUUCAAGGCCCUCGGGGACUCCGUUGACUAUGUGCAGGUGUGUGACUCAGACACAAGGCUGGAUCCCAUGGCCCUGCUGGAGUUGUCCCGAGUGCUGGAUGAGGACACAACUGUUGGGGCUGUGGGUGGGGAUGUGCGGAUUCUCAAUCCUCUGGACUCCUGGGUCAGCUUCCUGAGCAGCCUCAGGUACUGGGUGGCCUUCAAUGUCGAGCGAGCCUGCCAGAGCUACUUCCGAUGCGUGUCUUGUGUCAGUGGUCCUCUUGGUCUGUAUAGAAAUGACUUGCUGCAGCAGUUCCUGGAGGCUUGGUACAACCAGAAGUUCCUGGGCACCCACUGCACUUUUGGGGAUGACCGCCAUCUCACCAACCGGAUGCUCAGUAUGGGCUAUGCCACCAAGUACACGUCGUUGUCCCGCUGCUACUCGGAGACGCCUGCGUCUUUCCUGCGCUGGCUGAGCCAGCAGACGCGGUGGUCCAAGUCCUAUUUCCGCGAGUGGCUGUACAAUGCCCUGUGGAGGCACCGGCACCACGCGUGGAUGACCUACGAGGCCGUGGUGUCCGGACUCUUUACGUUCUUUGUGGCGGCCACCGUGCUGCGCCUCUUCUAUGCGGGGUCUCCGUGGGCGCUGCUCUGGGUGCUCGUGUGUGUGCAGGGUGUGGCUGGCAAGGCCGCCUUUGCGGCGUGGCUGCGCGGUUCUCCACGCAUGUUGCUCCUCUCGCUCUUAGCGCCCCUCUACAUGGGCGCUCUGCCAGCCAAGUUCCUGGCGCUGUUCACCAUGAACCAGAGCGGUUGGGGCACUUCGGCGCGCCGCCUGGCUGCCAACUACGCCCCGGCCCUGCCGCUGGCGAUCUGGGCCGCGCUGCUGCUCGGGGGCCUGUUACGCAGCGUGAUCCACGUAGCCCAAGCAGACUGGACCGGAGAGGCGCGAUAGGACCGAGGCGCUACCGCUAUCGGGGCAGCAGCCUACUUCACCUAUUGGGCACUCAUGCUGGCUCUCUACUGUGGCGGAGUCGCUGGCUCUGCCCGGCCCAGGUCUGGGGGCUACCGGGUGUCCGUGUGA